AUGUUGGAGAUUUACAACGACAGUUUGAACGACCUUCUGACCAAAAGUGCCGGUGCGGCCCUCGACAUUCGAGUCCAGGGGAAGACGGUAUCGGUCCCAGGACUGACCCAGACCCGGGUCCAGACUGAGGCCGACAUCCUCAGUGUCAUGGAGACUGGAGAAAAGAACAGAAAAAUUGCCUCGACCAAGAUGAACAUACAGAGUUCUCGGUCUCACCUGGUGGUGGCGCUGGAGGUAGAGGGUCUAGACAAGGUCUUGGGUCGGACGUCUCGCGGCACGCUGACCUUGUGCGACCUUGCUGGUUCUGAGCGGAUCUCUAAGACUGAGGCUGAGGGUCAGAGGCUGGUGGAGGCAGCCGCCAUCAAUAAAUCCCUGACAGCACUGGGACAGGUGUUCGGUGCUCUGAAGAACAACGCUCUCCACGUCCCGUACAGGAACUCUAAACUUACUCACCUGCUGCAGCCCUGUCUCAGUGGAGACGCCAAGUGCUGCGUGUUUGUCAACGCAAGUCCAGACGCGCGGGACGCCGUGGAGACGCUGAGCACGCUGCAGUUCGGCUCCAGCAUCCGCCAGGUUUCACUGGGCAGAGCGACACAGAACAUCUCACCGGUGAAGAACAAGACCUCGAACAAGUCGACGACAAACUGA